AUGACACAGACACCGAAACAGCGAAAAGCAAAUGAGAAGUACGCAAAGAAUGAGGCUGCAAAACGAGGGAAGGGUCAGCUGCCGGUCAAGCAAAAACCAAGCGCCAAGUCUUCUUUGCCCACUGGCUGGCUAGCCGUUCUCAUCUUCGUUAUAUGCGGUGGACUUGCAUUCGAACUCCUAGGUGUCAUUCCAAAGCUAUGGUCAGCAACGUUUGGUCGGUUCAUGGACUAG